CACGCAGGUAUGCACCACCUUCUUAUCACACCGUCAUCGUGCCUAGCGCCCGACUCCAUCCACUUGACUGUCACCUGAACAUACAACGCGUAUUUUGAGACUCGUCUUCUCUCAGAACCAAACAAAAUAAGUAUAUGCCAUGGCAAAGCGGGCAGCAUCCACCUCAAGGACCACCCGUGGACAGAGUCCAACAGUUGUGGCCGCAGAUGUCCCUGCCGCAGAGGCAGACAAGUGGGUUGCGCACUGGGAACGUGUAUUGGCUAAAGACUUGAUCGAUGUGCGCAUAGUUGAAGUAGACGCAGACAUGUCCGUCGAGGACGCAUGCGGUCUACUUCUGCAAGAAGAGAUUUCGUGUCUUGCUGUCCGCACAUUACCAGAUUCGACUCAGACAGAUGCACCUUAUCUUGGGCUCUUUGACUUUUCAGACGUGAACGCCUUCCUCACGCUUGCCGCGACGCGGCACACGAUCCCACCCGCAGAGCUUCGCGCUAACUCCCGCGCCGAUCAGAUUAUGAGUGCUGCGCGAGAAGGAUGUGUACCUGUGCAUCUUGUUAGCAACCUCUCAGAAAAGAAUUACCUGGAGACCCUUCCGAAUAACGCCAAUCUUAUUUCACUGCUCGGAGUGUUUGCGAAGGGAACGCAUAGGGUGCUUGUCGAAGCCACCCCACCCACAGCUCCUGCGGAGCGUAAUGCUGCUUCGGAGACGACAAGAACAGGGACUACCUACCUCGGUGCAGUCUCCGACCGUGCUCUACUGGAGUACUUCGCCAAUUUUGCCACACAAUCAGACACUACCGCACACAUUCAUUCUCCAAUACAGCGCCCACAUUCUCCUCGCCUGCCAGCUUCAAGGCAACCUUCCGUACAGAUUUCCCAACUCUCUCAGUCUCCUAAGCCUGUAUCAGCCUUAACAGCUUCCCGCCCCACAGCUCCGCUUCAACCCCAGCCCCCUACUUCCACUUUCACAUUUGCAACAUUCCUCUCGUGGCCUUUGCACUUACUUGCUCUCCCGAUGCUUCAAAUGUACACGUCUAUCAUAGCUGCUACCAGCUCAUCUACAGUGCUUGACGCAAUGCGCCUGAUGAGCGACUGUGGUGUGAGUAGUGUAGCUGUUGUCGAUGAUGGCGGGGGAGGAUACGGAGCUGGAUACGGGUCUUGGGGUGGGCUGACUGGAGCAGUGAGUGUUACUGAUAUCGGAAAGCUCGUCGUUCCCUCAGAGUCCAACCACAUCCUUUCCGCGCCUUUGCAUCAGUUCGUCGCGCAGAUCAAGGAGCCAGAUGGAAGCACGGAUGGAGCAGACCGGUAUCCUGUGUAUGUCGCCCUCCCCACCAGCACACUCUUAUAUGCGAUUCAGAAAUUGCUUGCGACUAAUUCGCACCGACUCUUCGUAAUUGACCCUGAUUUCGAGCCCAGCUCAUCUCCAGGCUCGCCCAUGGGCGGCGGAUUGUGCGGAAUUGUUAGUGUCGUCGACAUUCUUUCUCUUUUUGCACUCAUUGCCAACGUCCCAAAUGUUGAUCCCACACAACGCAUGCGGCACCGACGUGCCUCAUCCUCAUCUUCACAGUCGUCUCGGGGCAUCAUACGGGACUUGUCACACUCUGGGUCUCUCACACAUACACGGGAUCUCUCACAAUCCAGCAGAGAUUUUGCGCGCUCAAGAUCCAGUAGCAGGACAAGCGUGCGUCUCAGCGCAAGCCCGCGAAUCAUCCCAACUGUAGAAGUCGGUAGUCCGCGCCUCAUGUCAAGUUUGGGGCUAGGAGAAGUCGGGCAUAGUCCGCGGAUAGUGCCGACGCUUGGUGCUGGUGACAGAAACUCGUUGGUGGGCUUAGAUUUUGGGGAGAUCAUGGGACGGUGGGAGUGAUGAGCGGAAGCGUGAUGUAUGUUUGUGAGGUCUU